AUGAUCGCUGGACGACCUUGCCUUCGACGAUUUCUGAAAUACACAGGCAGUCAUCAAAGACGCUUCCAAGAAGUUGAAGAAAGGUUGUGGAUAGAGGAACGGCCGUCCCCGUGGCGAGCUGCGAAUAUAUCGAAUAAGCAGCCGCGAACAAUCGAGCCAAAAAAACGCAGCUAUAGGACAAGAGGGCUGCCAACCCGAAUGGACUGCUGCAAAAGAAAAAUCGGCAAAAACUUUGAAAAUAGAAUGAUCUCGACCCGAGAUGGGCGUGCAAAGGACCCCCGACUUUGCACAACAAGCCUACACCUCGGUGUAAGGCAGGGGCGGAAAAAGAACUACGGACGCAUCAAAAUGCACAUCGCUUCCCACAUGUCAGGACAUUAUCGACAGACUCUCUCUUGGACGUAUAUCUACAACAACUGGAAAAGAUCAAAGCCGACAUUAUCGGUUUAUGCGAAACUAGGAGAGCACGCGCUGUCUCAGCGAGGUAGACAAGCGGUGAAGAAAUUCUGCUGGGAGAAAGAUCCAACAAUGUGCCCAGAACAGGUAGAGUCGGUUUCAUUAUAA